AUGAGCGCCGAGCAGCCUCUGUCUGGAUUGCUGUCCGAGUUUAUCAAGAGAACCAGCGGAGAGCAAGAUGUUCUGUCCCUGUACCAAAGAUUGCAGACUCAUUAUGAGGAUCAAUCAUCCAAGAAUGUUUUGGAGGACGAAGGAGCCUCUGAACCCCAAGAGUGGUGUGAAGCAGUGAAGAAGCAAUUCGACGGAGUUCUGGAGACUAUCAUCUCUCAUCUAUCCUCUACCAGUCAAGACUUGUUGUCGGCUGCGAUCAAAAUGGCGACGCGCAUCGCUCACAACAGCGAUCUUUGCUCACGUUUCACUGGAAAUCAGGUCAAGCUGACAGUCACGAGGAUCUGUGAGAUAUCCAUGACAACCACAGACAAGACCAUUGCUGUCUUGUCCAUGUGGUUUAUUUCCAUGCAGAACUUCAGUGCUGCACAGAUUUCCAAGUCAGCCGACGCCAUGUUCAAAGCCGCAAUGAAUGCUUCGACGUUUUCAUCCAAGGUUGUUCAGCUAGAGAGUCUGAACGCGAUAUCAAGAUUGCAGGAGCAAGUCUCACAGAAGAUUUCCAUCAGGAACGCUGUUGGCAACGAGGAGCUUGCAAGAGGAUGGCUGCACGUGAUCUAUACGAGCCUCUUCAACGAGAAUGAAAAAGUCAGGAAUCAGGCCUUGAGUAUCUGCCCCAAGAUUGCCAACCUCCUUCUUGCCUUGGACAGCACUGCGAGAUUGCGCCUCAACGAUCAGGCUGUCGAGGACCUCGGGAAGGAGCCUGAGGGGAUGCUGCAAAGGCUCAAGGCUGUGGAAUCUGAGCUCCAGAAGGAGAAACCAGAUUCUGCCAUCAAAUCAUACAUCAGAGGAUGGGGCUGGCUCUGUGGCUUUCUCGGUGGUAAGCUGGUCAAGAGCGGAAAGAUCAACGACUAUUUGAAUUUCAUCCAAAUGGCAUUCUCAUGCCAGUCACCAGAUAUACGUCAGGAGGCUUACAAGAGUUGGUUGUUCCUCGCCAAACUUUUCUCUGACAUGAAUUCAACGUUGGCGCAUCCGAAGCGACUGGAGCUCAUAAUUGCUCCAAUCAGAAGCACUCUUGCACAUGACUUGAGCAGCCGUGUCCGCCGGUCUGCCAUGGGAGUCUGGACACAAAUAGUGCAAAUGCUCACCAAGAACAACGGGAUGGGACGAAACAAUACUUUUGAAGUCGCCUUUACCUCGGUGUGUGCCAUAGCCCUCAAGGAUAAAGAUAGCAGAAUUCGUGGAGAAGCCUUGAAAACUUUGAAGGGUCUUAUGGAAAUGCAAUCAGAUCAAAGUGUUGACAACAACGGCACCUCCGUAGCUAGUGCAGCCUCUUUGGAAUUCAGCUUGUUUGCAAAGAAUAUCGAUGCUUUUUCAGAUUUCUUAUUCCUUGUCACCUUGGACCAAAAUGAAGAGGUCAAAGAACUAGCUGGACAAGGAUGGGCAAAAUUGUUUAACACAAUAUCUGGUCAAUUCGAGCUCCAAAGCUGGGAAUCAGCGAAAACAGCGAUGCAGCAGCUCUGUUCCACUUUGUUGAAAAAGCUUGUCAAAUCUUUUGAAGAGAAGGAUUUUACUCCAUCGUCCUCCUUUCUGACUGUGCAUCGGGUUCUGGAUUGUUGUUCACGACAGAGCGUAAGUGUUCAUGCGAUGAAGACUAUGAUGGUGCAGCUCGAUUUGUCAUCGGUCAUCUGUGACGUUCUUGACAAGGAAAAGUUCCAGCCAGUACAAAUGAAUGUGGCGGCAUACCUCAGUGUAAUCUUAGCGAUGUUCUCAUCGCCAGAGGUCGAGUCUCAAGUUGGACUCACUUUAGAAAAGUUGUGCCAGCACCUGUCCACCGAAGUUAAGUCGUUACGGAACCUGUUCGAAACCAUCGGGACGCUGCGGCACUGGAACUUUGAGUCCAGCCAUCCACGGGACGUGAAAACAAGGCUGGAGAGGAAUUUAGUCCUGUGUUGGAUCAAGGCUACGGAUUCCUACCUUGGAUACCUACACGAUUUUUCUGUCCGUGCGUUGGCAUCUCCUGCCAAGACAAAGUUGCAGCUUCCAACCUGUGCAUUCAUACUCGGACAAAUGCUCACUUUGUUGUCGAGCAAGGAUGUCGAUGACGUGAGAAUUGAUGAGAAAUCUCCCUUUGAACUGCUCAAGUCAAGGUGGUUGGACCUGUUCGUGAACAUGAAGCGCGUCAGCAUUAUACGUCAUGGAACAAAGCUUGCGGCUGCGGAGAAGAUUGCACAAGAGGUUUUGAGAGCGAUGGAUAUCUCGGAUGCAAGUCUGCCCAUGGAGUUCUUGUCUUUCAUCAUUCAGAAUUUCACGGAAUCUGACAGUUUCGAGGUUGUUCAACAUGCUAACAAGCUGCAAGGCUCGAGGCCUGCAGGGAUUGAAGGCAUGCUAGCUCCCAUCUCAGCCGUAUGCACCAAAGUUGUCGAGUUGUGGUUUAGCCUUGUUGGAAGCGAUCGGAUGAACCUGAAUCUCUUCAAGACCUGUUUGCGCUGCUUCAUGCCUUUGCUCGACCAGAUGAGCAGCACAGAAAAUUUCGUCAACUUUCUCACUCAAGCCAAGCCGGCGAUGCUGCAGUGUCUGAGAAGUUGUAACCGACAUGAAACUGGCAGCAAACUCCAUCAACUUCACCAUCAUGGCUCUGCUGGAAUUGCAGAUGAGGUCGAGCUGGUCUGGGGUAAGCUGAUGCAAGCUCUGGCUCGCUGCUUCCCAUGGGGCUCGUCGACUGACGAGCUGCUGGCGAGAACUUCUGACAUGUUCGUCGUUUCCAUGGAAGGGAGCAACGUGCAGUUGAAGAACAAGGCGCUUGACACGUGGAACGGAACCUUCGGCAAGUCAACAAGUCUGCUCAAGAUCGAUGACGCGCUCAUGAAGCUCCUUGUCAAACUGUCUAAGCGUGUCAAAGUCUCGUUUCCUGGCAACCAGCCGCUUGACGCAGAAGAUGUCAACGUAGACACGGGAUCGGACGAGAGGAACCUGAGCCCGGUGACAGCUGAAGCGACGUUGACUCAGAGCUUGAGCUUCUCCCCCGCAAGGCCCGUGACAGCAAAAGGAAGCCUCCUGGCCCAGCAGGGGAGCAGAAAUACAACGCCCGUGAGAAGCUCAGCAGAGAAGAAGCGAUCGACCCCAGUCAGUGAAGCCAAGGCCGGAGGCUCCGACGACCCCCGGCAAGAGUUCGUGCAGAUAGCUCAUGCCAAGAGAAAGCUCGUGCUGACCGAACACCAGAGGGAGGUGAGAAGCCAGCAGAGGGAGGCAGCUGGAGUUGUCCUCAACUACUCAGGGCUCGAGGACGCCGAGUCGCGAUGGGGAAAUUCCGUAGAGGAGGCGAUGCUGAUCCGCAGCGAUUCUCGUACUCAAUGGUCGGAGGCGUCCAGGCACAUGGCAGAGGAGACGCGAGGGAGCGACAAGCAUGAGGGGGCUCGUGGGAGGGUGCGGGGACGGGAAGAGCAGGAGCAGGAGCAGGAGCAGGAGGGCUCUCCAUCUGCUGCAGCUGGUCUUCCAACGCCCGAGACCGUCAACGCCGCCAAGCGAGGGAGACACACGGAGAAGCUGCAGGAAGUGACGCCGACCAACUUCACGCCGCUGCUCUCAGAGCUCUAA